AUGUCCUGAAACGAUACUGAACAAUUAACAAAAUCUCUUUGAUAGCAAAGAGUAAAAGUGUAAAAAGCAUUUACGUGGAACUGAAAAUACUGACAACGAACAUUUCGUUGGAAAUACAGAACAGUAUUAUGUACUUUCAAGAUUAUAAUAAUCUGCAAGAUUAUUGAUACAUCGAAUAAAUCACGAUAUCUCAAGUGAUACUUUAUGUAAAUUUAAUUAUCGUGUAAACUAUCUCGAGCGAUUAUUUGUUCGAAUGUUAACAAUUUUUUUAUCGUAUUGGAAUAAAAGUUGACAAAGUUUUACAACGAACGGCCUAAAAACGGCAACACGCGACGAGAAAAUACAUGCUCAACGUCAUCCAACAUAUUUGGAUCCAUUAUUAGUGACUAAUAGGCAGCAAAACAUGUUGAGUCAAAAAUUAAGUAACAGGAGGAUAGUUGUUGACUUCCUUGCACUCAUGUUUGGUUUGGGUGCAUGGAUCGGCGUAAAUGGUAUAUAUGUACAACUUCCUUUACUAGUAAAUAAAGCUCCAGAAGGAUGGCGUCUUCCAGCACAUAUGGUUAUGCUAGUACAAUUUGCUAACUUGGGACCAAUACUUUAUACCUUAUACAUAAAAUAUAGUAAAUGGGCAUGCGAGAAGUACAUUAUAUAUGUACUAUUAGCAGCAGGAGCAUUAUCCACGAUUAUAUUAGCUUUCAUUUACGAUAAGACAUCAGUAAUAUUUGGCAAUGAGCAUUCCACUGCUCUAUUGUCAUUGAUGUUUGUAACUGCCACUGUUGGAUGUACGAGUUCAGUUCUUUUCAUGCCUUACAUGAGGAACUAUAGAGAAAUUUAUUUGGUGUCCUAUCUUGUAGGAGAAGGACUCAGUGGAUUUGUGCCAAGUGUGGUGGCAUUAAUCCAGGGUGUCGGUGGAAAUCCAGAAUGCAGAAAUGCUACUACAUCAGAGUCGACUAAAGUAGAGUCCGUACCUUACUAUCCAGAACCCAGGUUUUCGUGUGAAACAUUUUUCAUUUUCAUCGGUGCUUUGUUAUCCUUGUGUUAUCUGGCUUUCUUGGGAUUGAAUAAUCUGUCCAUCGCUGUUGGAGAGCGUGUGAAACAUCCAGGAAGUAUGGAAACGUUACCAACAGAUACAAGGGCACCUCCUAGUUAUAAAACAAAUUCUGGUUGGACAAUGUCUAAACAGGUGUAUUCCUACUUAUUAAUUAUGAUGGCAAUUGUUUGUUUCCUAGGCAAUGGUACAUUACCAAGUAUUCAGUCAUAUUCUUGUUUACCAUAUGGAAAUAUUGCAUAUCAUUUAACUGUAACAUUGUCAUCAAUGGCUGGUCCAUUGGCAAUGUGCUUAGGUUUUUUUAUUAAAAUACCAAAAGUGAAUUUUCUCACUGGUCUCCUAGGAAUUGUAGUAGUGCUUUCUGGAUUUGUAUUUUUCCUAGCUGUUGAAUCACCUGCUCCACCUUUACAACAUAGUUGGGUAGGAGAAUUGUUAGUAGUUUUGUCUUGGAUAUUGAUUAAUGGUUUAAUAGGUUUCAUAAAAUUGGGUAUUACAACACUGUUCAGACCUGAUCCUGGCAGAGGUUUGUAUUAUACCGGUGUUGCAACUCAAAUUGGAUCACUGAUUGGAGCAGUAGUUACGUUCGUCCUAGUGAAUCAUACAAAACUAUUUCAGUCUUAUUCUCCUUGUUCAUCAACUCCAUAUUAACGGUUCAUACAGAAUUCAAAUAGCUCUGUUUGUACCUAUAAUAGAAUUUUAAUAGAAAAGAUGAAAUAUUAAUAUAUUUUUAGUUGGAAUUAUCAAUGGCUAUUAUCAAAAUAGCAGAGGUUAAGUAUUUGUAAAUGAUAAGAUGCAAGGAAGUAAUUUACUUAGAUAAAGAUCAUUGUAGCUUUUAUAAAGUAAUAUUCUAUAAAAGACAGCACAUAGAUCUUUGUAAAACUGCAAGAAAUCUAUAGUAGAAACAAAAUAUUUUUCUGAACAUAAGUGAGAUAAAUACAAUGCAUUUUUACUUAGAUUGUUAAAUGUUUGUGAUUCAGGUGAAUGUAUAAGACACAAAUGUACUUAAACAACUUUAUAUAGAUAUUAUGAGCAUAUUUAGAUAUUAUGUACAUAAUAGAGGGUUAUAUUCUC